GUGUCAUGUGGGCGAAGCAAGCUAAACCGAUGGAGAGGGGCUAGUUGUCUUUACUUGAUUAAAUCUUGAUUUUAUCAUAUGAAUAUUACCGUUUAUGACAUCGUAAAAUAUCACAGUGAUAAGACAACUUUUUUCUUAUCCAAACAACGCAUACGGCGCCUGUAAAUCGUUAUAGGUAAACAGGACAUCAUCUAAAAUAUACAGAAAUUUCCAGUGAAUAUCAGACAGAGAGAGGAAAAAACGACGAUGUUCCAGCUGCCGACCCAUUAACUUCUGUGGGGUUGAGACUUCUGAUGAAAAUUUACUGCAACAUAACAGAUCCCGGCAUGGAAGACAAGGCAAAUGGCUCUGUUGAUACCAAAAGCCCUGUGGAGAAUGGUCAGCUACCAGACCCUGCCAACUGGGGGGUCACAGAUGUCGUCAAUUACUUCAAAGCCACAGGGUUUGAGGAGCAGGCCACGGCGUUCCAGGAUCAGGAAAUCGAUGGCAAGUCCCUGCUCCUGAUGACGCGUAACGAUGUCCUGACGGGGCUGUCGAUAAAGCUCGGCCCCGCUCUGAAGAUCUACGAGUACCACGUGAAGCCGCUGCAGACUCAACACCUAAAGAGCAACGCCUCGUAGCAGCACAGGCCGUCCAACCACCGCCUCAGCGACAAUCAUACCGUCAGGAGAAGCCAGGUUCGCCGCCGCCACUUCAGAGACUCCUCCCACCACAGUGGCACCUUAUGAACAGGAUCAAUUCGAUUGCUGUAUGUUUUUAUAAAGUGUGGACCCCAAAAAUGGGCUGCACAUGGGGUCCACUGUGCUGUUUACCCUUUUAGCCAUUCUUAUUUCUGCUGCUUGAGAUCAUGUAUUUUAUUUUUUGUGUGUGUUAUUUAAAAGAAGGACAUUUGCUGAGGAUGUUCUGCAGGUAUGUACGUAUGUGUGUGUGUGUGUGUGUGUGUGUGUGUGUGUGUGUGUGUGUGUGUGUGAGCGCGCGCGUAAAGUGAAUUAACCUACGUUGGUUUUUAAAAAAAAAAAAGGUAUUUGUAUAUAAGAUGAUAUCUAGUUGAAAACUGUAUAUGUUCUGUCACACUUUAAAACUUUGAUACCCACUGAUGUGAUUCUUCUGUUUUUUUGUGCUCUAAACUGCACUGCUGAGUCCAUGAGUCAUCCUUAGCAUGUAACAAUGAAACCUUUUGUGUUCCCAUAGACAGUGAGCUCAACGAACACCCUACAUUUGGCUCCAGGCUCUUAAUAUGAUGAAAAUAUUUAUAUGUAUAUAUUCUUCUUCUGUUGCUACCUGUGGUGCUUUUGCAUUGUCACACAGACUGUUGUUUUGACGUGUGUGACCAACAUAUAUGUGCAACAUAACACUGGAGUUUGAACAAAGAUUUGCAAUAAAUGGUGCUGUUUUCUCACCAAAGAGUAA